CACUUGUAGAAUUUAGAAUUCCAAUUUUCCUUCUAGCCCACAUCUUCACCCCCAUCUUCAUCUUCAUCAUCAUCAUCUUUCUUCUUCUUUAGGCUACUUGUCGAAACUGUAGCUGGAAGCACGCGAUGAUCAAAGACCUUCCAAAGUCCACUCCCACUUCUAGAAUAUAGAAUUCCAAUUUUCCUCCUUAACCACAUCUUCACCACCAUCAUCAUCUUUCUUCUUCUUUAGCAUGGGCUGGUCGCCUAGUCAAUGAUGGCAACCAGCGACCGCGAAACAUCGCCACCCCACCCCCCCUCCCCCAAAAAAAGGAAAUUCCAUCUUCUCCCAGCGGCGACUCUGAUCGAGCAGUGUCGUGCGCCGAUCGCUACCGUAGCAGUUCCUCCAUUCCGCUCCAUAUGUGCCCGUUGACCAUGAAAAGUCUUCUUUGCCCCACCAUUACUUCCGUCUUCAAUCAAUCCCACUGCAAGACAAAUCCCAAUCCCUUUAAAUUCCGAGUCUAGCUCCACCAACACCACCCACUAACCGCCAUCGCCGCCCCCAUCUACACCUUUCUCUCUUCCAUGGAAUCCUUCUUUUUGUAUUUUCUGCUCUUCUUGGCUCUCUAUCUGUUCACCAAUCACGCUGUCCGCAAGAUCCAAAACCUCCCGCCCAGCCCUUUCCUCUUCUUCCCCAUGAUCGGCCACCUCUACCUCGUCAAGAAGCCCCUCCACCGCUGCCUUUCCAAAAUCUCCGCCCGCUACGGCCCCGUCAUCCAUCUCCGCUUCGGCUCCCGCCCCGUUCUCGUCGUCUCCUCCUCCGCCGCUGCCGAGGAAUGCCUCACCAAGAACGACAUCGUCCUCGCCAACCGCCCCCGCCUCCUCGCCGGCAAAAUCAUGGGUUACAACUACACCACCCUCAACUGGGCCCCUUACGGCGACCACUGGCGCAACCUCCGCCGCAUCUCCUCUCUCGAAAUCCUCUCCAACCACCGCCUCCACGUCCUCUCCGACGUCCGCUCCGGCGAGGUUCGCUCUCUCCUCCGCCGGCUCGCCGGGGCGUCGGGCCGGCCCGUGGAGAUGAAGGAGGCGUUCUUCGAGAUGAUCCUGAACGUGAUGAUGAUGAUGAUAGCAGGGAAGCGGUACUACGGCAAGGACGCGAGGGACGCGGAGGAGGCAAGGGCGUUUAGGGAGAUCGUGGAGGAGACUUUCCGGCUGUUGGGGGCGACGAACAUGGAGGACUACCUGCCGGCGAUCAGGUGGUUGGGGUUCAGAUCGGAGGAGAAGAGGAUGGUGAAGCUGGUGGAGAAGAGGGAUAGGUUUAUGCAGAGCUUGAUCGAAGAGCACAAGGUGAGGAUGAAGAGUACUACUGCGGACAAUUCUGAAGGAGAGAGGAAGAAGACGAUGCUGGAGGUUCUGUUGUCGCUGCAAAAGACAGAUCCGGAGUACUAUGACGACCGGAUCAUCAUAGGCCUCAUGCUGGUGAUGUUGGUAGCUGGAACUGAUACUUCAACGGCAACAAUGGAGUGGGCCAUGUCUCUUUUGUUGAACAAUCCUCAUGUCCUUAAGAAGGCACAAGCAGAAAUUGAUGAACUAAUUGGAUGUGAUCGUCUGAUUGAAGAGUCAGAUUUGGCUAAACUUCCUUAUCUACACUGCAUUAUACUCGAAACUAUGCGAAUGUACCCUGCAGGACCUCUGUUAGUGCCUCACGAAUCAUCAGAAAACUGCACCGUAGGAGGUUAUCAUGUCCCGAGUGGGACAAUGCUAUUCGUCAAUCUGUGGGCCAUACAAAAUGAUCCGAAGAUUUGGGAUGAGCCUAGGAAAUUCAAGCCAGAGAGGUUUGAAGGGAUGGAAGGCAAUCGAGAAUGGUUCAAGCUAAUGCCUUUUGGUUCAGGACGACGGAGUUGUCCCGGUGAGGGUUUGGCCACUCGUGUGGUUGGGCUCACUUUAGGGUCACUGAUCCAAAGUUUUGACUGGGAAAGAGUCAGCGAAGACAUGGUGGACAUGACCGAAGGAACCGCGCUCACGUUGCCCAAGGCUCAGCCAUUGAUGGCUAAAUGCUUAACUCGACCGACCAUGAUGAAUGUUCUCUCUCAAGUUUGAGCAGUUUUCUAACUUGUGAAUGAACUUGCAUUUGUGUUUUGUGAACAGAGAGUUAAAGGCUCAAAUUUAGAUUUAUGUAAUUUGACAAAUACAAUAUGCUAAAUUUUGUCAAAUUUUACUCAAUUCUAAAUUUGAGCCUCGUGCUCAAUGAUCCCAAACACAAAAUAAAAGUUGGGAUUGAAAUUGCCGUUGUUAUUGUACAAUAAGACUGGGUUAGCAAAAUUGUUGUUGAUUGAUUUGCUUAUGCUUUGUGUAGGAAGUCUUUAUAUUUUUUUCAGAAAGAUGCUCCAGCAAA